AUGCUGCUGCUUUCAGUGCCCACAAAUGUUGUUACCUUCAGUGCUACCAUCAGCACCUGCCAAAAAGCGACGCAGUGGGACCGUUCUCUACGCCUCUUGCUGCAAUGCCGACGACGGCACAGGUGCAAUGUCAUAACUUACAACGCUGCCUUGGCGGCCUGUGAAGAUGCUGCGGAGUGGCAGCAGGCGUUGCUCAUCCUCGGCUUUCUUCGUUCGGAUGCAGUCGACUGCGAUGCAACGACGAUGGAAACGACGAUGCGUGCAUGUGGACGAGCAGAACAGUGGGAGCGAGCUUUGGGCUUGCUGGCGGAGCUUCCUGCUCAAGACGUGCCAACGACCUUGUUCGCUGUGAAUGCAGCUCUUGGUGCUUGUGAGAAUGCGGCAGAGUGGCGCCAAGCUUUGCAUCUGUUUCAGCAGUUGCAGGUUGCGACUCUGCAGGGGGACACUUUCACCUACAGUGCCAUCAUCAGCGCUUGCGGACGAAGUUCUCAGUGGCAGAGGGCGCUUCCACUUUUGGGCUCGCUGCAGCAAGAACAUCUCCAGGCGGAUGUCGUAACUUUCAGCUCUGCCGUGGGUGCCUGUGCUUUGGGGGAGCAUUGGCAAGCGGCGGUUCAAGUGCUGGCAGAUGCACACGAACUUCACCUACGUGGCGAUGUUAUCACUUAUGCUUUCCUGAUAGCUGCCUGCGCUGCCGGGAAUGCCCCAUGGUACACAUCGCAAUUUCUUAACGACAUCAAAGAAUUGGCAUUCUUGCCGCUGCAACUCAAGUGCAAUGCAGAGAAAAGGCAAAA